AUGAGUUGUACCCAUAUCUCGGCUUUUCAUUUCACUGGUUCACCUCCUGCUAAGGCUUUUCAGCGUAGUAAAACAUCGAUAUGCCCGUCAACUUACCUGGGAACAAGGUUUCCCAAAAUGCCCCUGAGAAUUACAUCUGCUACAUCAAGGUACAAACGAGCCACAAUUGUAUCUUUGUUUGGCAGUAAAGGGAAGUCCGCAGAGUCGGAUAAUUCGAAUGAGGGUUCUCCAUGGAAAGCUGUGGAAAAAGACAUGGGAAAUUUCAGAAAGAAUCAGCCGAUUGAGGAAGUUCUGAGGCAGCAAAUCCAGGAACAAGAUUACUAUGAUGAUGGAGAUAGUGGCGGCAAUCGUCCAGGUGGCAGCGGCGGCAAUCGUUCAGGUGGCGGUGGCAGCGGUGGAGGCUUUGGUGAAGGUGAAAACAGAGUUCGUAGGGGAUUUUGGGAUGAGCUUGGCCAAGAGAUUAUGGCCACUCUGGGAAUCAUAAUCACAUAUAUAUAUAUCCUUAGAGGUCAGGAGUUCACUGCUAUAGUAAAAGACGUGUUCUCGUUUAUCCUCCAACGGCGAAAGAGCACUCGUUUAAAGCGUGUCAUUGAUAAAUGGAAUAGCUUCUUGCAAACUAUGAAAGAUAAGCCAGAGUAUGAAGACCCGUUUUGGUUACAGCGUGCAAUACUUAGUACCACGACUGAUUAUGACUCUCCCGAGAAAUGGGAACGGCUGAUAGAGGAACUUGAGGAUGAAGAUGAAGGUGAGUCUGAUGAUGAUGAUGUUGUUGAGUGA